AUGGGAGUUUGUACUUCUUCAUCUUAGUCAAAUAAUUAGAGAUAAAAGAAAAAGUAAGUAGAAGGCAAAAUAAAUCAAUAAAUUUCUUUUGUUAAUGAUUAAAAGAAUGAUACAACCUAAUUCUAAGAGUAAACUUUGAAAUAAAACAAUAUUAGUUUACAAAGGAAACUCUCUCCGAAUUAAAUUACAUCUCAAGUGUAAUUAAGUUAGACUAAAAACGAUACAAUGAUCAUUAGAAGACCUUCUCAUGGUACAACAAUGACAACUAGGACUAUGAUCGUUCAGCCGUCUUAGUUAUAAGAAUAAUAAAAAACGGGAUCACAAUUAAACCUUCCUUAUUAAAGAAAUAGUGUAAGACAAAAUACUAAAACUCCUUAAGUAUCUGUUUCUAAAAGCUAUUCAAUUGUAUCUAGUAAAAAUCUAGGUAUUCGAACUAUAUAAUAUAAUAGAUAAUUAAGGCAAAACGGUCAUGUAACAUAAUGAAACAGGAUAAUUAGUUUAAGUUGAAAUACUUAAAUUUGAUAAUAGAAAUCAUUAAUAUAUUGAUAAGAUGGGUGAAAUAAAAUUAGUAAGAUAAUUAAUAACUUAGGAUAAUAUGCAUAUUGUAAGAAUUAUUGACACUCUUGUAGAUGAUAAUAAAAAAACUUAUUAAGUGAUGUAUGAAUGUUGUCCUGGAGGAUCUUUAUCAAAAUUUAUAGAAUUUCGUAAAUUUAAUCAUUAACAAAUUGGAAUUAUAUUAUAUUAAAUGGUAGAUGCAUUAGCUUAUAUUCAUUCAUUAGGAUUAAGUCAUGAUGAAUUGACUAUUGAUAGUUUUUCAGUUUUUGAUGAUUCUUCUACACCUUAUAUUAAAUUAACUGAUAUUAGAAGUAUCUAUUAAUUGAUGUAUCCAAAAGAGGCUCAUUUUUAUUAAGAUCCACUUACCAUAACUAAAUCAAAUCUAAAACACAAAGCUACAUAUCAUAAUAAUAAAUAGAAUCUGAUCGAAACCAAAACUAGAAAUAAAUAUAAUGAUGUUUGGGCUUUAGCUAUCAUUGUUCUAUAUUUAAGAAAUCAAGAAUUACCUUAUAAAAUAUCAGAAAUUGAUUAGUUUGACCCUCAAAAUUAUUUAAAUGAUCAUCCUUCAGAAAUGAACUCACUUCUAUUAGAAAUGCUACAGAUUAAUCGUUACAAUAGAAUUACCUUAUAAAAAUGUUUAGAACAUCCUUAUCUCAUUAAGAUGAAAUAAGUCUAACCUUAAGAUUUCUUGAAACCUUUAAAAAAUAUGAUAAAGUGUAAAAAUAUGACUUAUUUUCAUAAAUGUGUAUUUUAAUAUCUUCUUCACAACUAUGCUAAUGAUCAUUUAAAAGUUUUGACUAAGUUAUUUUUAACAGCCGAUACUAAUAAAGAUGGGACAUUGAGUUUAGAUGAACUUAAAGAAUUAUUUUCAAUUGAAGGAAAAGAUCUUAUUGAUGAACUUAAUCUUGAAAAAGAUCUUACCUUACAAGAGUUCUUACUUUUAGCUUCCAAUAAAGAAAUUAUAUUAACUUAAGAAAUCUUAGAAUCAAGUUUCAAACUUCUUUCUAGGUUAUCAAACAUAAUAACUCCAAAAUCACUGUAAAAAGUGUUAAACAAUUGUAAUGAAUAAUAAAUACGAUAAGAUUUUAAGACUUUCAACCUUAAUGAGAUUGUAAAUAUAUCAAUUAUAAUAUUUAGUUAUCUUUAAAAGAAUAUAGAGAGUUUUUAAAUAAUUAUGAGACUCCAAUCCCUAUAGCAUGA